CGAUCGCAAUAUGGCUUCCGCCACCGCCAGCAAGUGAGAGUACCUCCGAAGGUGACAUCGAAACAUGGUGGUGUAUUUGAGGGUGCGCGAGGCGUCGCGCGGCUGAUCAGCCGUGCCGUUUGUUGAUAGUCGGCCGGGCGUCGGUGUAAGGUGUGUUCGGGGAACGGUGCGUGCUCGGAGCCUAAGCAAAACAAUCGCGCGACCUAGAGGGGGGACGGUGUUCGGUGUGAUCGAAGUGAGACGGAGCGCACGCACGGACCACGCGUUGGACAAGGACGUCGGUAUUCCGUCCUCGUAUAGACCGAGAGCCCUCUCGGACUCCUCUGGGCGCUCGUCGGCGGUCGUCAGUUUCCUUCGUGGAUUCCUGACACGAAAGUGGUAUCGGUGCUCCGCGGUCGUGUCCCGGAUCGGCCGCGGUCGUGUAACGAUCGGUCGUCGAAGGGAAUCGGCCGCAACACCGGCACAGGGAACCGUAGUAAAAUCGGCGAUCGGCGCGUCGCGCGCGUACACACGCCGAGAGGAGCGUGGCCCUGUCGGUGUGCGCGAGUUACGUUCCGUGCACGUUUCCUUCUCUGUUGAACGAACGAACGGCGCGUGUGCGCGCGUGUGUACAUUUGUCCCCUGUCACGGUGUGUCCCGCCGCGGCGCUCGAGUGUAGUACGUGCGCGAGUAUCGCGCGUCUCUCGUGUCGGGGAAUCGGAGUAGGACGGACGGACGGUGAGCCAGGCGGGCAAGAAUGAGAAAAAGAGUACAGCGGCACACGGGGUGUGCGGAUCGACGAGCACGACGACGUAACGGCGAGAACGGGAGGCGAAACAGCGAGCGAGAGAGCGAGUGAGCCAGCGCGCGACGUUGCCAGAGUUUUCCUCCGCGCGUUCCGUACCGUCGCGCCGCGCCGAGCCGAGCCGCGCGUACGUACAGCACGUCCCUUCGCGGCUCUAUCGCUCGGGUCGGACAGAGACAGUGCGCGAUGUGACCGGUGAGAAAGAAAUAACGACUACGGUUCUAUGUACCGCGGUGCCGGUUAGACAGAGAUAGAUCCGUGGUAAACGGAGGCACACGAGUGAAAACGAACUAUAGGGAAUUUUGUAAUACUACUACUACUACUACUACUACCAUCACCGACGAUUCCGAAUCCCGUUGAUUUCGACCGCGCCGCGUGCCCUUUGGACGGCGAUUCGUCGAUGCCAUGAGACGACCCCCGAUGACGUACGAGGGGGACACGUGACACGUCGAGUUUGGCCGAUCGACAAGCCAUGAAGAAGCCACGCGUGGAGCGGGACCGGCUUCGGCAGCGGGAACGAGAGGCCCGCGCGGCGAUGUCGGUCCAGGCCGAACAGGCGGCUGCAGGAGGUGGUCCUGACACCAGACACCAUCACCAUGGGCACCAUAACCACACGCAUCACCAUAACAAUCCACACGGAGUCGCCGCGCCGCUGUUCCGCGCUCCCGUUAGGAUGAACCCAGACGCCCAGGACAGCACAACGCAGCAGAUCCAGUCGAAGCUCGGCAACUACUCGCUGGUGAAACACCUUCUGGACGAUCCGAAGCGUCUGAUCGGUAUCGAGGGUGUCCCGGCGAGUCCGGCGCCUUCGACGGCGAGCUCGCUGCUGCGAACAAGUUUAGGCUCCGUGGGCUCGAAUUCACGGAGCUCGCCGUCGUCCCAAGAAUUCAAGAAACCCGGCGGGCCGCGCACAGGAGGCUCCUCCUCGUCCUCGUCGAGCCAUCAACGGGGCGGUUUCGUGAAGCCCGCGGACGGCAAGCCGCCGUACGGCGGCCGGGGUGGCUACCCCGGUCAGCCGGUGAAGCACGGCGGGAACAGCAAUGAUCAUCGUAGCCACGGUUUAUUACCGGCCAAAGGACCGCCCCCGAACUCGCCCGGGAACGGCACGCUCGGCGGCAAUACCGGUAUCGUGCAUUCCGGCGGCAGCAGGCUUCACUCCGCAGCCAGCAGACUGUCCAGGUUGCCUCUCGAUAACGGGACAAGUUCGAGGCCGGUUCCCGCCGACAACUCCGAGGACCUAGAGAUUAUAAUGAAGGAAAUGACCGUGCCGUCCACGCCUCUGACGGCCAUCGCCCAGACGCCCAGAAAGGAGCUCGAGACGAAGUUUACGUUCAAUCCAGUGCUGGCGAAGUUGACCGAAGUACCGCCGCCGGAGCCGACGAAGCCUCAACGCGAGCGCCAGAGCGCCAGCAGACUCUCCGCAGAUUUGGUGGAAGGGGACCUGAGGUUGUCCGAGGACAGCGAGGAUGAAACGAGCAAGAGUACGGUGUCACGGACAAGGGGUGUCAGAAGUCCUGAUCUCACAGUCGAUCUGACAGCACCCUUGAUAGCGAUGACGCCGGCUCCGCCACCCGUGGGACCCAUGUCUCCUAUGGGCCUGUCACCGGUGGGACCCCUGUCUCCGCCAAGGCCGCUCAGCCCGCCCAAACUCGCCUCACCACCGAAGCAGAUAACACCGCAACAAGUGUUAUCUCCACCCCCGGUGAGCCCUUUGCAGUCAAAAGGUGUGCCUAGCCCUACGAUCCAUCAGAGGCCCCCCAGCCCCCCGGGUCAGGCCCCUCAAAGUUCCGGAAGCGCGAGUUCCAGUUCCGAUUCCGGUUCCGAGUCCGGCUCGGAGAGCAGCGACGACUCCGACGAUGAGAUCAGCCCGCAGCCCACCAAAGGUCCCACGACCCCACCCUCUGUGUCGCCAAAGAAAGACAAUCUCAUCGAGGAUCCGCCUCCUGUGAUCGAGGAGUCGAAACCAAGAUGGAACCUCAGCUCUUUCCUGAACAAGACUGCUGUGCCUCACGGGGAGCAGAAUGCUGAGACCAAACAACCCCAGGAUUGCGCCAGGCGCACGGGUUCGCCAGCAGUGGUGGCGGACACGAGGACUUUAAGAGAGAAGGCGAACCACGACUGGAAGCUGGACGAGGCGUUCAAGAGAACGCACACAGACUCGCUGAUCACGAUGAUGAGCGACAGCGACCACCACUCGGACCAAGAGAAGACCAAGCCGGUCGAAGAGAGUCGUGCGCCGGAGAAACCAAAGGUGGCGGACGCCAGGAAACGUGGUCGUCCUAGAAAGCCGACGAAAAGCCCGAAAACUGGUCACCGGGCGACCGAAGAGAGUCUGAAGAACGGAAAGCCUCGCAGCCGAAUGAGACCGAUCGGCAGUCCGAUGAAGAAGAAGCAGCCGAUCUCAAAGGCGACGAUCGCGACCAGCGACGACGGCAGCGACGAUCAGGGUGCCUCCAGCGACUCUGACAGCGACCGACCCGCCAGAGUAUCGCCGGCUGUGGUCAUCAGCGAGAAAAGACGGCCAAGACUGAGCGCUUCAUCCAGCGAAGACGAAAGUCCACCGAAUAAUGGCAAGGCCACCAACGUCUCCGACGAGGACAACUCGCGCUGGAGGAGGGUUCCCAUCAAGAGGACCAAGCUUGCGGACUCGCCGAAGAAGCAAGAAAAGAAGAAGAGUCCUCCAAAGCCAAAAUCGAGAAGAUCCAGCUCCAGAGUGGCCGCUGCAGGCUCGGACUCCGAUAGCGAAUCCGAGGUGUCUGUGAGGAACAGUCGCAUCCAGGUUGCCAGGGUCCCUCCGAGGCCACGAGCUCCGCCGACAAGAACGACGUCGCCGGAGAACUCCGACAGCGACAACAGUCCGGGCCCAAAGCUGCAGGAGGAGGACGCCGGGAACGUGCAGGACAAGAAGAAGAGCGAUACGCUGCGAAGGGUGUUCUCGACCUCGGUGGGUGGCGGCAAAGGUGGCGGCAAGGGUGGCAAAGGUGGUAAAGGCGGCGGCAAGUGCGGCAUUUACGUGGAGGAGUACACGACAUCUGCGAACACGCCGACCGGCAACGAGAGUCCUUACAAGAGACCCUCGUCCCAGGCUUCCACCGCAGUCCAGACCCUCCCGUCGCUGACGUACGUGAACGGGGUGCCCAGCCUCUUCUGCAGGAUCGACCUGAGCAGGCUGCCACAUAUAUCACAAUUGUCCAGGGGUCAGGAAUUCAGGGAGCGCACGGAGCUGCCGGAUACCAGGCCGUCCUCGAGGCAGGCGGUGACCUUGACCGCCCAGCCGCCGAGGCCACCUACCCCCGAAGAGGGCGAGAUCGUGGACACGCCGCCGCCGCCCCAGCAGCUGCCCCCAGACACCAGGAUCCACGCCGACGUGAUCGUUGAAAACGAUCACAAGAACCGCGCUGUGAUCAAAGGCGAGCCGAUCUCGGACUCGAAGACCGGCAUCAGCGGCGUCGUUGGUGCCAGUGGUGCUAGUGCGAGUGCUAGUGGUGCUAGUGGGGCGGGUAGCGCGCCCAAGAGGAAACGUAACCCGAGUGAUAGUUCUGUGACUAAUUUGAGUACUCUGUGUUCCUUGGAGACGAAGGCCAAGGGCUCGGCCGAGCACAAGGAAAAAAAGAAACGUAAGCGGAAACAUGCUGACGUCGAGGUCGUCGCUACCAGGCCAUCUAGUCAGCAGAGUGGUAUUCAGCCAACGAACCAUGAGCGGGAAGAGAAAUCUGAGACUAGUCUCUUGCCGCCACCGCCUCCGCCUCAACGCGUCUAUUACUCAUACUUCAACCCUCAAAACGAAGUCUUGGAGGAUCAGGAUAGGUGGGACCAGAACCAGUACCUGAUGGAAGCGAAACGGUUGAAGCACAGCGCCGACAAGGAGUGCGAGCUCACGGCGCAAGGGAUGCUCUACCUGGAAGCAGUUCUCUGUUUCCUGCUGACUGGGAACGCAAUGGAGUCGGAUCCCCUCACCGAGAGGGCGUCGUUCACUAUGUACAAGGAUACUCUGAGUCUUAUCAAACGGUCCUCCAGGUACAUCUCGUCGAAGUUUAAGAGCCAGCAGAAUAGCUCGCCUGAGAGCAGUAUACACAACAAGCUGGCCAUUCUAAGCCUCUUCUGUCAGUCCCUCAUAUACUUGAAACUUUUCAAGAUGCAUAAACCUGAAGUCAAACAGACCCAGAAGCUUCUGACGGAGUAUCACCAAAAGCAAGCUGCUCAGGCGACGCCAGUGCAACCAGAGGGUCAAGGGACGCCGUCUCUGUCACCCACACCCUCACCUGCUGGCUCUGUUGGCUCUGUAGGCAGCCAAAGUUCCGGAUACAGCAGCGGAGAACUGGCGAACCGCGGAGCUGCGUCUGGUCAGGCACAGGCAGCUCCAUACGUCAGCGUCCCAUUCGGCAUCUAUAGCGCUAUGGCGAAGCAAAACUACCAGUUCAAUUUGAUGUUGAACUGCCACGAACUCUGGGACCAGGCGCACGCUUUGGUAACGGAUAAACACAGAGACUUCUUUAUUGAACUGGACGAGAAGCUGGGACCUCUAACCUUGAAGAGCUCGUUGCGAGACCUGGUGCGCUACGUCCAGGCCGGCAUAAAGAAGCUUCGUGAUCUCUGACCACAGUGGCACAGCCCCCGACCACCCACCCCCAACUAUAUCACCUCUCUGCCGCAGAACAUGGCUACGUAUCCAACAAUGUUUACGUAAAACAGAGUUACCAGUUGCGGCGUGCUGGAUAAAAAUUCCUUUUUGAAGAGUGAUAGGAAGAGAGAGAGAGAGAGAGAGAGAGAGAGAAAGAGAGGGAAAGAGGAAGUCGUCGAGCUUCAUCGUCAAGAAGAAGGGCUGUUGAGGUGAGGACAAGGGGAUUCGGUGGUCACGGGAGAGCAUCGGAUCUUUGAGGAGGAUCGUUGAGUCCCUCUUCGAGUAGGCACCAACUUUUCAUAGUCAAUUGCAAGCUACCGAUCCGACGAACAACCUGAGAAGAUAGAUCCUAGAGGUACGUUCUCGAGCACGGUUCCUCCUGUGUCGCUCAUAUUUUUCAAGCAGAGGACCACCUCCGGUCGCCGUCGUCAGCCCUGAAGACGACACUGAAGAGCAACGAAGCGUCACGAAGAUACGGAAGAGGAGGAUCAAAGUGUGUUCGACUAAGAAAGUUCUCUUUGUAAAUUACCAAGGCUGCAUUCAUAAGACGAAGAGGGAGAGAGAGAAAGAGAGAGAGAGAGAGGGGGGGGCAAGGUCGGGAAUCGGAGGAGUACCACGAAGGAAAGGGAAAUAAGAAGUGCCACAGAAGCGCCCGUGUGUUCUCGCUUCACGGUGCGACGUUACCUGAAGCAUGAGUCUCGUCUCGGCGAUUCGAGUGCGACGAAUACACAAUUAUAUAAACAUAUAAUGCAUAUAGUUUAUUACUUAUAUAAAUAUAUAAAUAAUUAUAAAUAUAUAUAUAUUUAAUAAUGAAAAGAGAACCAACAUGUGACACGCCCCGCCGCGUGUUUCGUUUUUAGCAAACAAGAAGUUGAAGAAGAAGAAUAGCGGCGAAGAAUGUGAGAGAGAGAUUGAGAGAAAGAGAGAGUGGAGAGAGAGAGAGAGAGAGAGAGAGAGAGAGAGAAGAAAGACGCGCUAUGCGCGCGAGCAACGAGAUCAACUGUCGAUCACGAUCGACACACUAUUAACAAAUAUAUAUAUUACAAAAAUAUAUAAAUAUAUUGCCCGGCGUCCAAGGACGCGCGGCUCUUUUGUAGAUAGGUUACGGAAAAACGGGGGGAGGGGGGCCGGAGAGCUGAGAGAAAGGGGUGGCAUGUUUUAGACUAGAUGAAUGCGCAACAAGGAUGAUAAAGGAAAAACCGAGGAGGAGAAACGGUGUAACAGAGAGAGGAAAGAGAGAGAGAGAGAGAAAGAGAGAAGAAUACAACCAAUACAUAUUAUUUACAUUACUUAGAGUUUAAACAAGGGGAAAUAAAGUAGAGGUUCUAGCGACGAGAUGCACGAAAUAAGAAAAUAAAAAAGAAUAUUCAGAUAAUUAUAACGUAUAGCGCAUUACCAUACGUAAAUACAAACAAACAAUACACACAGACACGAACACGGAUACACACGUAUCGCGAUUAAAGGAGAAUAAUGUAAGAGAAAAAAGAAAAAGACAAAAGAAAGAGGGAAAGAGAUGUGAGAAAAAAUGACGAACAUAUGUAUAUAUAUAUAUGUAUAUACAAAUUUAUAUAUAUAUAUAUAUAUAUACACACACCAGACACAAGAGGACGAGGACGAAGAAGAUGAAGACGACGAUGAAGUAACAAUUUAAAUACCUAAAGGACCGUGUUCCUCUUCGCGGAGGGGCAUGAGCGAUAAAUGCGACGAAACAAAGAAAAAAGCAUAAACGGAUAAGCGAGUUGCUCAUGUGUAUAUUUUUGUAAAUAGGUAUUUGCGAGUGCCGCCGCCUUGAGGGCGGCCCGACGUCGCGGCGCCGCGCGUCUGGCCGGCCCGCCCCAAUUUUUGCUACCACAAAUCUUAUCGAGAAUCAGGAAAUUUCUGGUAAAAAAUGAGUAAGAUGAAAAAAAAUAUUUAAGUAAUAAAAGAAAAACACAACACGGUACGCGAGUACGUCGUCACGGUUCUUUUUACUUUCGAGUGAUCAGCGUUAGAACGAGAAGAGUACGGAAAGAAAGGAUGAGGAAGGGAAGAAGUAUUUCGUUUGCGUUCUUUCUCUCUUUCGUUUGUGUGUCGUUUCGGUUCUGGUCGCACGCGAUCCGCACGCGUCGUUUCAUCCGCGACAUUCUCUCGAAACGUUCCUUUCGUUCGCUCGUCUCCGCUUCCUUUUGCGUUACGCUUGUCAAGUUUUCCCCGAGGGAAGUCACUUUCGCGGUCGGAGAGCAAGAGAACCAAGGUGUGCUCGGCUGAUCAACGACCUCUUUCGGUUGUUGCUGUGGCUAGAGAAUGACAACAAUGUAUACGAGGCCCGAGCGUUUCGAGCUAAAUUUAGAUGCAGGAUAGUGAAAUUCAGAGGCGAUUUUGUUGGCAAACUUGUCGCUGGAUAAAAAGAAUCUUAUCGAAUGAUGUCUAAAACGAAGUUGAAACUAUAUAUAUCAUUAUCGAUUCUAUUAGUAGAAUCGAUACUAAUUAUAUAAUACUUUCAACUUUCGAAAAUGAAGUCCGCAGUCUGAAACGCACCUAAAUAUUUGCGUAAAAUCAUUCGCGCGGGGUGAACAAUUUUUAUGACGAACUGUCUCUGCGUUUCAAAAGGAUAACGUAGUAAAUUAUGGUCUGAUUUAUUAAAAUUAGAUUCAGACAAACUCGGUUAUGUCGAAUUACUGAAAUGUUGAUUUCAAUGGAACCAACCGGAAUGAUUAACAUUAGAGUUUUUUACCUAUCGCUUUACCUCAUUUAUCAAGACAUUGUACAAUUAUUAUUACGAUAAUAAUGUGUUACGAAAGACGAGAACACUGUUGGUGCCAAGUUUAGCUAACAUUGUCGCCGUGGUCUCAUCUAGAAGCGUGGGAGGUUCGUCGGACCGAGGGACGAGACCCCGGCGGCCCAUAGAGUUACUCUAAUCGCGGUCCAAUGGUUCACGGGAUACAAUUUUCUACCUCGUGUGCGAAACAAAGCGGUUGAACGAGGAUUUAAAGAACUAAACUAACAAAAAAAAAAACGACGUAAAAGAGGCAAAGUCUAUUAAAAAAAAAAAGAAAGUUUUGAUAUUUUCGAGACACAUAUUUAUAGCGGAUACGUAUAAAUAUCAGGCCCCCGGUCUCGUCCGUCGUUGUAGCGGCGAUUAUGGUUGUCGGCGAUUAGGAUGGUUCUGCAUGCGAGGGUGCAAAGCAAAAAUAUCAUACCGAUUCGACUUGGGUCCUUCCGAUCGAUCCUGAUUUUUUUCUGUUCGUCUCCCCGGUGUCCUUGAUUCGGCGUGAACAGAACAUGGUCCUUGCUGAACGUCCUUGGUUUCGCGGGCAUGUGAAAGCCCACGUUCCUAGCUUGACCUCCAAAGAUGCAGAUGGGUGCUGCCGGUUACUAUUGCCACGUAGGGGACAAAAACAAUUCCGGUAUUCUCAUUCACUUCCUCUUCUCUCCCCCUCCUCUCUUCCUCUCUUUCUCUUUCUCUCGCACUUUCACUCUCAUUGCGAUGAGUUUCCUUCGAGACAAGUUCUCCACGAGAUCUGCUCUCUUUCUUCUCUCUCUCUCUCUCAUUCUUUCUUUUCUCUCUCUCUCUCUCUCUCUCUCUUUCUUUCUCGUCCCGUUUCCUUCCCUUAUGUUUGAUGCCUCUCGGCCGAGAAGAGUUUUGUCUCACGCGUAUUAUUUAAAUAUACAUAUUAUAUCGUUACUAUUAUCACUAUUUUUAUUAUUAAUUUUAUUAUUAUAUUACUAUUCAUUCUUAAUUAAUAAUCAUUCUUAUUAUUACUAUUACUAUUAUUAUUGUCAUAUUAUUAUUGAGUUUUAUUGGUACUAAGAUUUUUUUCUAGUUUUCCUUUUUCUUUCUUCGAUGUACAUAUUUAUAUGCGAGCGGAAUGGGGGUCUGAGAGAAUUUGCCGCGCGCGUCUUCGCGAGGGCCUGAAAUGCCGAGAGAGCGAGAGAGAUGUGCGAUUCUACGAAGCAAUGCAGGUCGGCGACCGACACAAAUUGUACAUUGUACCUAACGCAGCAGCAGAAACUUUUUUUUCUCUUUUGAUUUGUGUACGUAUACAUUCAUACACACAUAUAUAUAUAUUUGUUUCGUUCGAUUAGUUUCUUCUGCGGUCGACGGUGUUCGAGAUCGAUCUGUCGAGCGUAUAUUAUUAUACAUGUAUACAUAAUCUCGA